ACCUUGUUGUUGUUGUUUGGUUUUCAAAGUUGAAAUAAAUUUUUUUCCCGAAAAUAAAAAAUGGCCAAUCAAAUUAUGAAUAGAUUUUGUUUGAAAACAACACCACAAACAUGGAAACAAUUGAUGAUGCAAAUCAAUCCGAUUCGAUCACUUUCGGCUGAUCAUCAAUUGGACAAAACUCAUACAUUAUCCAAAGCCGAAAUACAAAAAAUCGAUGAAUUUGUCGACGUUGAAACACAUACCGGACAGAAAUUCGAAGAAAAUGAUUAUCGUCUAUCGAGAUUUAUUAAUGGAAAAAUGAAAAAAGUUAAUACACGAUUUGCACGUGAUUUGAUAGCAGAAAUUCCACCAACACCCGUAAAUGGACGAUCAGUUUGUUGUGAUGGUGGUGGUGGACCAUUAGGACAUCCAAAAGUAUUUAUUAAUCUAGAUCAACCGGGUAAUCAUACAUGUGGCUAUUGUGGUCUACGUUUUUAUCAACAACAUUCUGAUCAUCAUUAAUUAGAACCUUGAAAUUCUUU